GGGGCCUGGAAAGGUUUCAACGGUGGAAAUCAUUAUUUCCACUGUUUCCUAGGGUAUGGUCCACUUGAGAUUUUUAUAAGCUUCAAUUUUACGCUCAACGGCUAAAAUUAGAUGUAAAAGCAGAUGGAAGGUGUGGAUAAAUCACAUAAAUUCAGUGGGCCCAACUGAAUUUUCUCAUUAUGACGAUCCGAUUUCGUGGCCGAUACCAAGGGAACAUGCAGUUGGUAUCUAACCAAUGGCGUUUUGCCGCAUCAAGGGUACUGAAGCGUUCAAUAUCUAAUCCCCUCACGUUCCUACCUCCAGGAGGCAAGAGGGUCCGCACUCGGUUUCUUCCUGCGCUCCUGUUUCCUUCCCUCCUCUCCUGCGUCCGAUGCAACUGACCAAUCUAUCAGAUGGCGUCGCCGGAUCAACGGCUGAGAAGGUCUCCAAUCUGAGCAUCAAUGGCGGAUCUUCGGACGGUAGCUGGGCCGCUUCCGCCCCCAAUCUCCAAAAGAAUCUCGGGAUUCUUUCGUCUGAACACAUUGAGCUUGCAAAAAUGUUGUUGGCGGAGGGACAAAGUCAUCUUUUUACACAUUGGCCUGAACAAGGUGUUGAUGAUGAAGAAAAGAAAAGUUUCUUUGAUCAGGUAACUCGGCUUAAUUCAAGCUAUCCAGGUGGUUUGGCAUCAUAUAUUCGAAAUGCUAGGAAUCUAUUAGCAGAUUCAAAAGCAGGGAAAAAUCCAUUCGACGGCUUUACUCCUUCAGUCCCAUCAGGAGAGGUUCUGACCUUCGGUGAUGAUAACUUCAUUAAGUUUGAAGAGGCUGGCAUUAGAGAAGCACGGAAUGCUGCAUUUGUUGUUGUUGCAGGUGGGCUUGGUGAACGUCUUGGGUACAAUGGAAUUAAGUUGGCUCUUCCUAAAGAAACAACUACUGGAACGGGUUUCUUACAACACUAUAUAGAGGCCAUUCUAGCUCUACAAGAUGCCAGCUGUAAAUUAGUACAAGGCCCAUGUGAGGCACAGAUUCCUUUGGUGAUAAUGACAUCCGAUGACACACACGCACGUACUUUAGAGCUUCUAGAGUCGAAUUCAUAUUUUGGAAUGAAGCCAACACAAGUGAAACUUCUUAAGCAGGAAAAGGUUGCAUGCUUAGAUGAUAAUGAUGCCAGGCUUGCAAUUGAACCUCAAAACAAAUAUAAAAUUCAGACCAAACCUCAUGGCCAUGGAGAUGUGCACUCACUACUCUAUUCUAGUGGCCUCCUAAACUCAUGGCACGAUGCAGGUUUGAGAUGGGUCUUAUUUUUCCAAGAUACUAACGGAUUACUCUUUAAGGCCAUUCCCGCUUCACUGGGUGUUAGCUCCACCAAAAAUUACCAUGUAAAUUCUCUUGCUGUUCCUCGCAAAGCAAAAGAAGCUAUUGGGGGAAUAACCAAGCUUACACAUUCAGAUGGGAGGACGAUGGUGAUUAAUGUGGAGUACAACCAGCUUGAUCCUCUACUUAGAGCAACUGGACAUCCUGAUGGAGAUGCGAAUUGUGAAACUGGCUAUUCUCCUUACCCUGGAAAUAUAAACCAGUUGAUUUUGGAACUCGACUCAUACAUCAAAGAGCUCACAAAAACACAUGGUGCCAUUACAGAGUUUGUUAAUCCUAAGUACAAAGAUUCUACAAAGACAACCUUUAAGUCCUCAACCCGAUUGGAAUGUAUGAUGCAAGAUUAUCCAAAAACACUGCCGCCAUCGGCUAGAGUUGGAUUUACAGUGAUGGAUACUUGGCUUGCAUAUGCCCCUGUGAAGAACAACCCUGAAGAUGCUGCUAAGGUACCAAAGGGGAAUCCAUACCAUAGCGCAACUUCUGGAGAAAUGGCUAUCUACAGGGCAAACAGCCUCAUUCUUAGAAAGUCUGGGGUCAACGUGGCCGAUCCAGUACUCCAGGUGUUCAAUGGACAAGAAGUGGAAGUGUGGCCUCGUAUCACGUGGAAGCCAAAAUGGGGAUUGACGUUCACAGACGUGAGGAAAAAAGUAAGUGGUGGCUGCUCUAUCUCCCAGAGGUCUACCAUGGUCAUCAAGGGCCAAAAUGUGUUUCUCGAGAAUCUCUCAUUGGAUGGGGCGCUUGUAAUCAACGCGGCUGAAGCAUCGGAGGUGAAAGUUGGUGGUUCAGUUCAAAACAAGGGGUGGAUCAUUGAGCCUGUCGAUCACAAAGACACCUCUUUGCCAGAGGAAAUCCGGACGAGGGGUUUCAGAAUUGAAAAGGUGGACCAGUUGGAGAUGAACUAUACCGAACCAGGUAAGUUCUGCUUCAAGUCCUGAACUUGAGUGUUUUCCCGUUUUGAUCGGUCCCAUGUCUCCGGCAUUUCAAUUUGAUUCAAUGUUGAUAGGUUAGUUUCUACAGCGAGUGGUCUAUUCAUCACUAGAAAAUAAAAAUGUUGUCUACUUGACUAUAGUGUCUAAUAAAAGCUCUCUCUCUCUCUCUCUC